GAAACUACAUUUUGAGUUACUCUAAGCCUUCCUGAAUUUUAAAGGAAAUUUUUGAACGCGUUUUUAUGCACUGUAGCUUGUCGUCUACACACCGAUGCAUUGACUAGACGUUUCUAUAAUUUACUACUAGAUGGCGUUACUUGUCCAAACUCGACAACAUUUAGUGUUUCGGAGAAAUUUGUCAAACCCGUGUUUGUGUAUUUGUUAAAAUCUAAAAAAAAUACUAAUUGAUGCUUUUUGUGUCUGUUACUGUGAAAAAAGUUGAGGUAAGUGUAUAAAUCAUGACAUACAUUGUUAUUUUUAAAUAAUUUCUCGUUUUUUAUGAAAAUAGUAGGUACUUAGUGUUUGUAGCCUGUAAGCUACAUUAUCGUAAAAGGGUAAAAGUUUAGUACGAUAACUAUAGGUAUUUAACGUAAUUAAUAUCUUGUUCUAGGAUGUCUCGUAAACGUUGUUUGCGAGAUACCGACAUUGCUGCGGCACUGUUUGAUGAUGAUGCGAGUGAAGAUGGAUUAGAAUUUGACGACGAUAGUAUUGCUGACCCUGAUUUUGAUCCUAAUAUUGAGGGGUUGACUGAGGAGAUGGCUCAGGAGUUGACUGAGGAGUUUGGGGAUAUAUCUUCUGACGACGAAUUUGAUAUGAACGUGAACUUAUUGAUUAGUACAUUACAAAAUGACGAAACUACCGCUUCGACUCAGGUAGAACCAACACAGUCGACUUCAAGCGAUUGUAAUCUUCCAGCUUCAGGGUCAAAAGGAAAAAAGCCAAAAAAACUGAACUUACGUUGGAAAAAUAAGAACCUGGAGUUAAACGCACAUCAGCUAGCAUUCAAAGGCAAUGAGACACUUAGUCCUGAUACUUUAGAACUCGACACACCCGUGCAGUUCUUUCUGAACAUGUUUCCACCAGAGUUAAUUCAGACGAUUGUUGAACAAACCAACCUCUAUGUGGUACAAAAGGAUCCAAGUAAUACCUUUCGUGUAACUGAUCUAGACAUACGGCAGUUCAUUGGCAUAGUAUUCUUGAUGUCUUUGAUUAAAUUAGCUAGGGUUACCCUGGGAUGA